CCUUCCACCGCUGUAGCCGAGCUGCGCCGCUACCGCCGGGACGCUCCUCCGCGCACCUUGUCGUCCACACGCCCACCAUGACGAAGAGUGAGAAGAAGUCUUUGAACGAGAGCCUGGCCCAGUGGAAGCUCUUCUUGUACAAUCCGACCACCCGAGAGUUCCUGGGGCGCACCGCCAAGAGCUGGGGUCCAUGAAGUGCCAUAUUCUCAGUCAGCUGCUCCUAUGCUGGGUCAUGCCUCAGUAAACGUUCUGCUCUGGAGAUCUGACUCCAUCCCAUCUUGAGUGUCUUAACUAUAGGGGAGAAGGUUUGAUCUUGCUCUUCUACCUAGUGUUUUAUGGGUUCCUGGCUGCACUCUUCACAUUCACAAUGUGGGCUAUGCUUCAGACUCUGAAUGAUGAGAUUCCAAAAUACCGUGACCAGAUUCCUAGUCCAGGACUCAUGGUUUUCCCAAAACCAGUGACUGCAUUGGAAUAUACAUUUAGUGUGUCUGAUCCAAGUUCCUAUGAAGGGUACAUAAAAGACCUUAAGAAGUUUCUAAAGUCAUAUUCUUUAGACGAGCAGAAGAAUCUCAACAAGUGUACUGAUGGAGUGCUUUUUGAACAGACGGGUCCAGUGUAUGCUGCAUGUCAGUUUCCUGACUCCUUACUUGAAGCGUGCAGUGGUACAGACGAUCCUGACUUUGGCUAUUCCCAAGGACAACCUUGUGUUCUUGUGAAAAUGAAUAGAAUCAUUGGAUUAAAGCCUGAAGGGUCACCAAGGAUAGACUGUAUUUCAAAGGAUGAAAACACAGCGAUGGUAUCAACUUAUCCUAAUCAAGGAGUUAUAGACUUAAAGUAUUUUCCAUAUUAUGGAAAGAAACUGCAUGUGGGCUAUCUACAGCCACUGGUGGCUGUCCAGGUCUCCUUUGGAUCUAACAGUACCAAGAAAGAAGUAACGGUAGAGUGCAAAAUUGAGGGAUCGAAGAACCUAAGAAACGAGGACGAUCGAGACAAGUUUUUGGGAAGAGUUGCAUUCAAAAUCACAGCACGCGCGUAGUCUUGAGUAGGAGGUCUCCGCAGAAUAAAUGUUGUGUUGUCUGUCUUCAGUGUGUGUCUGCCGGACCUGCCGUUCUAGAAUUCUGAGACUGCCUAGGGAAAGUGGGCUGCCCGGCCCGGUAACGGCGCAGUGCCUUCCAGAUCACAGUGUUCCGUGUCCUCUGAAAUAACUGCCUGCUGCCUCUGCUGCCCUUGAACCAGUGUCCAGUCGCCAGAUAGGCACCGUGAACACCUGGUUCCCAGCGUGUGGGGUGGGGUCUUGUCCUCUUUUAUAAUGUGGUUUAAUUGCCGAGUGUCUAAAGCUUACUGUGCUGUGCAAUGUAAAUAUUUUAUGGAUUUAACACUGGUUAACUCAUGUUUGAUGCCAAUAAAGUUGUAGGGGUUAAAUGGUACCUGGCCCACAUUAAGGGACUUACGGCUGCGAGAAAUGUGUGUGGAGAAGCUCUGUAUGUGAAGAAGAAAAAAGAAUAAAAGUGGAUCUGAAAGUGUUA